AAAACUUUUAGAUAACCAAAACUGUCAAAUAAGUGCUCAACUUGUUGCCUCCUCCUUUCCCCUCCUCUUUUUUGUCUUCUCUGCAUAACUUUCUUCCUCCCCUAUAUACUCCUCCCCUCCCCCCUUUGUGUGUAUAUACAUAUACAUACAGAGUGAGGGAAAAGAGAUAUUCCCACCAACAAACACAUAUAUACUGAUCAAAUUCCUUCCCCAAAAUCACUUUUCAGAUCAAUUUUGAAGCAUCUCUGAGGUAAAAGGAGAUUGAAAAACUUCACGCUUGUGUAGGUAAAAUACCUUUAUAUGGGUUGAAGGUUGAAUUUUUUCAGCUGUUUGUUUUGGGAAAAUCAGCAGAUGGGUAUUGAGGAUAUGGGAGAAAUUAGGUGAUUCCAAUAAAGAGUCUUUUGAAAUUUUUGGAGUUUUUUUUGAAUUGGAUUUGUUAAGAAAUGGAGUCAAAUAUUAUAUCAGAUAUGCGGUUAGAACCGAGCAUUGAUACAGAUAAGCUAAGUUACGAGAUUUUCUCUAUUCUAGAAAGCAAAUUCUUAUUUGGUUACGAUGAUCAAAAGCUUUGGGUACCAAAAAAUUUACCGUCUCCGGUUGAAGAUGGCAAAAACGACGGCGUUUUAACCUCCACAGCGACGGAAAAUAUUCAGGCGAUUAAGAAUCAACGAGGAAAAAUAUGUAUCCUCAGCAUUGAUGGUGGUGGAAUGCGAAAUAUAUUAUCAGGUAAAGCUUUAGCGUAUUUGGAACAAGCGUUGAAGGUUAAAUCGGGGAAUCCAGAAGCUAGAAUCGCCGAUUAUUUCGACGUUGCUGUUGGUUCCGGCGUUGGAGGAAUUUUCACGGCGAUGUUAUUUUCAACGAAGGAUCAAAACCGUCCUGUUUUCCAAGCUGAAGAUACAUGGAAACUUCUAGAGGAACAAGGUAGAAGAAUUUAUCCUUCAAAAGGGUCGACUUCUGCCGGAAAUGGUUUUCUCCGGCGAGUUCUCCGAGGUGGCGCAACCCGUUCUGAUGCUUCCGGUUUAGAGAAAGUGAUGAAAGAAGCAUUUAUGGAUAAAAAAACCGGUCGAAGCCUUACGUUAAAGGAUACUCUUAAACCGGUUUUAAUCCCCUGUUAUGACCUUUCCAGUACUGCACCGUUUUUGUUCUCCCGAGCUGAUGCUUUCGAAUCGGAAAGCUUUGAUUUCCGGUUAUGGGAAGUUUGCCGGGCUACAUCAGCUGAACCGGGACUCUUCGAACCGGUUUGUAUGAAAUCCGUCGAUGGAAAAACCGGAUGCGUGGCGGUUGACGGCGGUUUAGCAAUGAGCAACCCGACGGCCGCCGCGAUUACCCACGUUCUUCAUAACAAACAGGAAUUUCCUUUCGUUAGAGGUGUUGAGGACAUUUUGGUUCUUUCACUUGGAACAGGGCAGCUUCUAGAAGGAAGCUUCCAAUAUGAACAUGUUAAAAAAUGGAAGGCUAAGGACUGGGCUAAGCCAAUGGCCCGAAUCUCCGGCGAUGGUGCCGCCGAUAUGGUGGAUCACUCCGUCGCCAUGGCGUUUGGGCAAUGUCGGAGUAGUAAUUACGUCCGUAUUCAGGCUAAUGGAUCGAGCUUCGGUCGUUGUGGGGUGAACAUAGAUGCUGAUCCAAGUCCUAACAAUGUGAAAAAGCUUGUGGGAAUUGCAGAUGAAAUGCUGAAACAGAAAAAUGUAGAGUCCCUACUAUUCGGUGGUAAGAAAAUUGCAGAACAAAGCAAUUUCCAGAAACUUGAUUGGUUUGCUGGAGAACUUGUACAAGAGCAUCAGAGGAGGAGUUGCAGGAUAGCUCCCACUGUUGCAUUUAAGCAACAUCUCACAAAUCAAGAAAAAUAAAUGAAAAGAUCAAAAAAGAAAGAUUUGGGUGAUGGAAGUUUACCCAAGUUAUGGUUCUACAAUCUUCCAACCAGUCGUGCCUUCUCUGAUACAAUCAGAGGGCUAAUAUGUUCGACCAAGCAAUCGUUUUAUUUAUUAAUCUUGGUCAAUUCAAGUUGAUCCGGGGCUCUUUCGAUCUCCAAACCGAUCCCUUGGAUCUUCUUGUAGCCACGAGAAGACUUGGUUCUGUCGGAGUGGAUAUAGGUUUGAACAUACAAGUUUGACAGGAGUCAAUAGUUAUGGUCCAAAUCUUGUACGUGUUAAAAAAUCACUCAACAUAUACCAAAAUUAGAUUCCAAACUCAACCACUAACACUUACGAUCUUUAUCCUAGAAUCCAAAAUCUAUAAAGUUCAAAACCUAGAUCGGUUUCUUUUAUAUGUCUUAUCUAAGUUUGCUGAUGAUGUCAACCAGGACCCAUAAUGCUCAUUAUUGGAACAUUAUGAUCAUACGAACCAAAAACAUUGUUUUUUUCUUAGCAAUAAUUGAAGUUUUGUGAACAGAAAUCACAAGAAGAUUUAGGUGUUGUUUCUGUGCAUCCGUGAGCUCAGUCUUGUCAUUUUGUUUUUGUUUUAAAACAUCAAAUCACUUGAUGGGUGGGUGUAAUAGUAGUUAUGAGAAGAGACUCUUCCAUAUUUUAGUCUACCGACACUUUUUGGUUCUUGGAUUAAGAUGACAUUUUCAUUAAUCAUCUUAUAUUGAUAUUUAAACCCCACAAUACUUUUGUUUUUUUGC